CGCACCACCCAUUAACUCUGUAACUUCAAAUAUUUCUCUCUCUAGCUUGCAGUUUCAGAUAGCAGAAGGUCAAAAUGUCAGGCAGAGGAAAGGGAGGUAAAGGUUUGGGUAAGGGUGGAGCUAAACGGCACCGUAAGGUGUUGAGGGACAACAUUCAGGGUAUCACGAAGCCGGCUAUUCGUCGUUUGGCUCGUAGGGGUGGUGUUAAGCGUAUCAGUGGUCUAAUCUACGAGGAGACGCGUGGUGUCCUGAAGAUUUUCCUGGAGAACGUCAUCCGUGAUGCUGUCACCUACACCGAGCAUGCUCGUCGGAAAACUGUCACUGCCAUGGAUGUUGUUUAUGCUCUCAAGAGGCAGGGUCGUACUCUUUACGGUUUCGGUGGUUAAGGUGCUAGGGUUAGGUGUACUUGGUGUAAAUGCUAUGUCGCAAUGGGGUUGUAGAAGUUCAGAGAUUAAUUUCUGUUUCCGAUCUAUCUCAGAUCUUAAGUUUGUAUUGAAGCGAAAUGAAAAUUUUGAAUUUUCUGUCAGCUGUGUCUUCGUCUGUUUCCAUUGACAACGUGGUGGCUGAAUUAUAGUUUCGUGGUUCUCAUUA